UUAAGGUUUGCUUGCAGCACAAGAAGACCCGAUCUUUAUUUACUCAGAAGGUAUUCGAUCAGUUCUUCUCCAAACGCCGCGUUUCGAUCGAUCUUUGAGUUCUAGGCUAUAAGCAUGAAGCUUGACACUAGUGGUCUUGAGUCAACUGUACCGCUCUUCGGGGCUAAUAGCGAGCUUCCUGGUGGGUUUUCAGCUGCUCCUUCAUUUGAGCUUCCAAGCACUACUGAUUUUGAUGGGUUUCAGAAAGAUGCUAUUCAAAUGGUGAAGCCAGCAAAGGGAACAACAACUCUUGCCUUCAUUUUUAAGGAGGGUGUAAUGGUUGCUGCUGAUUCUCGUGCUAGCAUGGGAGGAUAUAUCUCAUCACAAUCUGUGAAGAAAAUUAUUGAAAUUAAUCCCUACAUGCUUGGCACAAUGGCUGGAGGAGCUGCUGAUUGCCAGUUUUGGCACAGAAAUUUGGGCAUUAAGUGCCGACUGCAUGAACUUGCCAAUAAGCGAAGGAUUUCAGUUACAGGGGCUUCAAAGCUGCUGGCAAACAUUCUAUAUUCUUACCGUGGAAUGGGUCUAUCUGUUGGGACCAUGAUUGCUGGGUGGGAUGAAACGGGUCCGGGACUGUAUUAUGUGGACAGUGAAGGGGGCAGGCUGAAAGGAACACGAUUCUCUGUUGGAUCUGGCUCGCCUUAUGCUUAUGGUGUACUGGAUAAUGGGUACCGUUAUGAUAUGUCUGUUGAGGAAGCUGCUGAAUUGGCUAGACGAUCUAUUUAUCAUGCAACAUUCCGUGAUGGAGCUAGUGGUGGAGUUGCAAGCGUUUAUUAUGUGGGGCCAAAUGGGUGGAAGAAGCUGUCUGGUGAUGAUGUUGGAGAACUCCACUACAAAUACUACCCGGUUAUGCCAAGUACAGUGGAACAGGAAAUGGUUGAAGUAGCAGGAGCUUGAGGGAAAGAUGCCUUGGAACAACUUAGACCAGGUUUGAGAUGUUCUCGCUCUUAAUACAUGACAUGAAGGGAUGGAUUCGCCUAUGUUCUGAUGAACCCAAAAAUCCUUGAAUACAUGUACUUUGGUUUGAUCCCAACUCAUUAACAGACCCGGGUUUCAGUUAUUGUCAUAUACUAUUAUGAUCCUUCUGUUCUGGCAAUUUAGUUUUAUUCUUAGUUCUUUGCUGCA